AUGGCAGCGACGACAACGACGUCCACCUUCCCGUUCCCUCGGGAAUACUCCUUCCCGCCCUUCUUCACCCGCCAGACAAACCUCACAACGCACCACGCCCAGCUCGUAAAGUGGUCCGACCUAAUCCUCUCCUACUGCCGCCACCACCGCCUCUUUAAGCUCUCCCUCGGCGCCGCGAUCCCCUCCUCCUCCUCUGCCGCCCUCCCCCACGCCCUACCAAAUCACAAUGCCAACUCUCCUCUCAACGAGCCCACGACCUUCUCCCCCGCGACGGCAACAUCCUCGGCCGCCGCCGCACCCGAGGAGCUCUUCCACAACAAGACCCUCAACAAGCGUCUCAGCCUGGCGGACGCGCGCGAGGUCCUCGAGUUCAUGCGCAAGGACGGCCGCGCCGAGCCGUUGCCGGCCAGCACCGACAUAUUUUGGGUCUACUGGCGCACGCCCGACGAAUGGGCCGCCGCGAUCGAGGGAUGGAUCGACGAGACGGCGCAAAAGGGCGUCGUCUUGACCCUGUACGAGCUCACCGAGGGGGAGAGCACGAGGGGCACAGACUUCCACGGUAUCGACCCGGAUCUCCUGGCUAAAGCGCUGCAAAUCCUGGUGAAGCGUGGCAAGGCCCAAAUUUUUGGACAAGAGGACUCGCAGGGUGUCAAGUUCUUUUGA